AGACGAAUUGCGGCGUUGGGAUGAGAAAUAUCUACCCAAAAACGCACACGUUCCACGUGCGCAUAAGCGUCAGAAACUACUUUUUACAGUGCCCCUGAUUCUGACGCGGAACACUUGAAUUGUAAGAUUACCCGCUGGUUUUGGAAGCGGCUGAACUAUUUAAGUCUACUUUUGAUCCCAAGGUUAUCUUAAUCUGAAGCUAGUGUUAUUGCUAAUUGUUGUCAGUUGCUUUCCGUGAUAAAUGUAAGUGCAUUAUAUGCGCUAGCUGGGCGCUCAUUUAAGAAAGAUUUACUACUUAUUCAGAAUUUAGUGCAUUCGUUAUUGUCGUAAAAAAUGUCCAGUACUGCUUUAACUGCGAUUUCUGUGGCCGUAGGAGUAUUUUUCGUAUUCUUUGGGACGUUAAAGCUUGGUCCAUUAUUUUCUGAUGAGCUUUAUCGCAGUGUGGUAAAUUGUUUUCAAGAAAAAACUUUAGUCUGUUUAACAGAGAAAAAACUUCAUUAGGAUGUUCAAGACGUUUCCGUUUAGUUCGUUUACUGGUUGGAAUCCGAAUCCUCAUGUAAUUAGACGAGUUUAUGGAACGACUGAAGUUGUCGGUGGUAUUGUACUUGCAGCUUGUUCUGGGACUGCACAGGAUGUUAGCAAUGUUAUACUGCUUAGUCUUAUGCUAUUCCAUCUAUUUAGUAUAUGGCGCGUAGCAGAUGGACUAAAAGAAGCUUCUAAUCUCAUUGUUUUAUGUUUGAUGCUAACAUGCAGGUUUAUUAUACGGAUUCAACUUAUUCAAAAGAAUGAAGAGAUGACGGAAAAUAAUGAAUAUCUUAAGAAUGAUAUAAGAAGACGUAUUGUUCUCCUACAGGAGGAAUUGCAGAAAAUGAACACUUUUAAUAAUAAUAAUAAUAAUAAUAAUAAUAAUAAUAAUAAUAAUAAUAAUAAUAGCAGCAACACUAAUAAAACAGAAAACGACACACACAAAGUAGAAUGAAGUUUAUAUAUUCCAGUUGAAUAAAUCAUGGCUUUUUCUCAUUGUAAAGGAUGAUGUCAAUGCAUUUAUUUUGUUGUCCUUUCAUCAAUGUUUUAUUUGUAAUUUAAUUUAAUGCUUCGAUUGUUUUUCUAUGUUAGCCAUAUAUAUAAUCUGAAUGAA